AUAUAUUAUUCAAAUUAUUAAUAUUUCAGAUAAUGAUGCAAUAAAUCUAGAACCUUAGGAAAUAAAAAUGACCUUCCGGUUUUUAGGAAAAUAAAGGAAUUUAAAAAUGCCGCGUGGUCGGACCUAUGACCCUAGGUCGACCUCUGGUCUAACCUCGGAUCAGCUGAGGUCUGUAGCUCUUAUCCCGGGUCUACCUCAAACCUUUCUCGCUAUACUAGAGAACCUCAGCGGAAAGACGAGCGGAGCUCUAAAACCUGGUGAGGUCGCAAAUUCAGAAUUGGUUGCAGAGCUUAUCAAUAUUAUCAGUGAUGAUUAUAAUAACCUGUCAUCUGAAUAUUUGGAAGCUGCUCAAAGAAUCAGCAAACUCCGCCUUCUUUACUCCUGCUGCUCUUUGCUGCUCCCAGACUUAAAAUCUAAACAGAUAAGCAGCUUACUUGACCUCUUAUGUAAGCUGAUAAAUGCUGCUACCAGGGUAGAUAAGAUAUUGAAGUUGGAGGAGACGCUGCAUAUUUUAAAACUGCUGACAAUCUUUGUCAGCAGUUCAGCAGAGAAAAUCGGAGAUCGAUUAGGUGAGAUCCUUGGUUAUCUAUUUGUUCUCUCCGGGUUGCAUAAAUCCAGUGAAGGGAUAUCCUUGGUUCCAACUAAUCUGCCUCAUCUUCAUUUUACUCAAACUCAGGAUGGGCCCAGAAGAGAAUCCUCGUGCACGGAUACCUCAGGUUCAGAGUAUUCAGAUCAGGAGUUAAUUUGUGAUGUUGAUGCGAGGAAGCGGAAGGAAGAAGGAUUCAUUGAGAAGGAAGCAUUAACUGCCGUAGAUGUUCUCGUGAAAAAGUGCCAUAAGAAAGAUAUUGUCUCCUACUGGUUUAUUUUCCUACCUGAUAAAUGUUACUGUCCGAUGCAGAAUGGAAUAUCCUCCUUACUGUCACAUCCUUGUAAGAAACUAAGAAUGGCCUCUAUCAACAUUCUCGUGGAUUUUCUUAAUCAUUCUCAUCAGUUUCUAGCACUUGCUCAGCAUCAGGAAAAAGAUACGAGCUACACUUCCCUCUCUUCUGCUCUGGCGCUCUCCAUGUUGAACCUACACAAAAUUUUGCUCACCAGAAUACUGGAACCUUUGGGUAACACAGAGUAUGUGGCGCUUCUUAAACUAUUCGCAGCAGUUGGAGAAAACAGUUCUUACUCCAGAUUAUCUCCUGGUCUAGUGGAUAGAAUGGUCAACUCAUUAAUGGAACUGGCGGAGAGGGAACGAAAUCCUGUUAUUCAGGUUGCUGUUCUCUCUGUGUUCGUGUCUCUAGCUCAUGGUCCUAAUAUACCUGAUCUUAAGCUAGUCUCCAGGGAGAUGUUUAGGUUUAUCCGUCCCAGGACACUUCCAGUCCCACAGAGCCUAGUGUCAGAUAACAAUGUAAGAUAUAUGUCUCUACAAGCCCUCUCCGUUCUUACACUACUAGAUAUACAGAUGUUUAUAAAGAACGCGACUGAUGUAAAGUCUGUGAUAGAUAUUAGUCUAAAGGAUUCAGAUCCCUCCAUUGUUCUUCACACUUUCAGAUUUAUUAAAAACUUUGCCAAAUAUCUGACAGAAGUUGUAAAUGUAUUAAAAGCUGGAGUCAUGGUUUGAGGAUUUUUAAAGCUUAUAUAUUCUAGAGGUUUUAUCUUCAACCCUCAUUGAAUUAUAAUUUAGUGUUGUUAUUAAACUCCCUCAAGAAACAUCAACUUUUUUAUGAGGAUCUUACCUAGGAACCCGAGUCCCGGCUGAAAAACCUGACGAUCGCGUUCUGGAUCGAUUUCUUAAAGCCGGUCAACUUCCUGCUGCUGGAGAAGCACGGCAGUGCUAACAUCAGGUCCGCCUUCUGCGACUGUCUGGCGGAGAUAGGUCCGAGCCUGUUCUCCAAGCUCCCGGAGCCUAAACGGAUUCUCUGCAUUACGUUCGUGCUCGGGCAAUGCAAGAUUAACGAGAUACAAGAUGGAACUCCAGACUCUAAACUCCAGGAGAGGGCCGCACACAGUGCUUGUCUUCGUACACUGGGAAUAUUUGUAACCUUCCCUUGCUACCUUACUGAUACGUCAUUUCAUAUAGAUGUAGUAGAUGCAGUUCUACCUCAUCUGCCCUCAAUACUCAA